GGGAUUUGCACUCGGUAGGAGUGACGACAUUUUUGUCAAUAAAUUGUAAAUUUAUUCGCCGUCAUAGUUAAAAUUUGUAGUUAAAAGUGUUAAAAAAGCCACGAAGAUGGCAGACAAUGAACAAAAAGCGAUGCAGUUGAUGGCGGAGGCGGAGAAAAAGUUAAAUUCAUCGAAAUCGUUCCUCGGGUCACUGUUCGGAGGUUCCUCAAAAGUGGAGGAGGCAGUGGACUGCUACCUCCGUGCAGCCAACCUGUUCAAGAUGUCCAAGAAGUGGGCUCAAGCGGGGCAGGCCUUCUGUCUGGCGGCUCAACUCCAUCUCAAGGCAGGUGUACGUCAUGACGCAGCCACCAACUUUGUUGACGCCUCUAACUGCUAUAAAAAAUGUGAUCCGAAUGAGGCUGUAUCGUGUCUGCUGAAAGCGAUUGAAAUCUACACAGACAUGGGAAGAUUUACUGUAGCCGCUAAACAACAUCAGAACAUAGCGGAACUUUACGAAACGGAGUGCGUCGACUUAGCCCGUGCGAUGCAACACUACGAACAGGCGGCCGACUACUUCCGCGGAGAAGAAUCCACUUCUUCGGCCAACAAGUGCAUGCUGAAGUUAGCGCAGUACGCUGCGCAACUUGAGCAUUACGACAAAGCUAUACAGAUCUAUGAGCAGAUCGCGAAGUCGUCGCUGGACAACAGCCUGCUGAAGUACAGCGCCAAGGAGUACAUGUUCCGCGCCGCGCUUUGCCACCUGUGCGUCGACAUCCUCAACGCACAGCACGCGUUGGAGAAAUACUGCGGCCUGUACCCCGCCUUCACCGACACCCGGGAGUGCAAGCUCAUCAAGGAGCUGAUCGAACACCUGGAAGACCAGAACGUUGACGCCUACACCGAGGCGGUGAAGACUUACGACAGCAUAUCCCGCCUCGACCAGUGGUACACCACCAUGCUCGUUCGCAUCAAGAAGCAGAUCAACGACAACCCGGACCUGCGCUGAAUUCACCCCGCCGCGCCGCCCGUCUCCGUGAGUCGCCCUGUUGUCUGUGGUUAAGAGAUAUUGCAAAAAAAAAACGCUCAUUCAUGUUGAGGCAUUUUGUUUUUAAUUUAGUUCAUCCUAAAUACCCUUAAGUAUGUAUUGUUUGCGUAAUUAACUGACGUCGAUCUAAAAACAGGUUCUUAUGUGCCGGUCUAAUUUAAGUUUAAAUUUAAAAAUGUUUUUUUUAAUUUAGACCUUCUCGAAGGCAAUUAUGAAGCGUUCAUACAUUUAACAUGUUAACACUAAUGUUAGGUGAUGAUACAUCAGUUUACUUAAAACUAAAGCUAGGAGGGUUCCAAACGCGCCCUGGUCUAAGAAGAGCCCACAAAAAACUUAGCCAGGUUUUUUUUUGUUGUCACGCAUUUAGCGUGUUGUUAAAAGGUCAAUGCUAGCUUUAGAUAUAUAUAGUUCUUCACAGCUAAAAAAAAAGGUAAUUCUUGACCAUAAUUCGGGAUAAGGGCCCGAAUACACGAGCGGCGCGAUGUCAACGAUAUAAGUAAUUGAAACCGUUGACUUAUAGCGACGCUUACGGUUGUUUUUUAUAAACUCUUUAUUGCACAACACAAAAAAAACGGUUUACAAAAGGCGGUCCUACUAAAGCAUUAUCUAUCAACUAACCUUUGGACUUUGAGCGCGCUGUCGUGUAUUUGAGUCCUAAAUUGUUACGCUUUACACGAUUAUUACAAGAAUAAAAUUUUCUCAACCAUAAAAUAUUUCAAAUUUACCUCUUACGUAUAUGUGCGGCACAGUUUUCUUCUAGAGGCCUAAAAUCGUUAAUAAGGGGGAAAAAAAAUGAGCACAGAGUGGCCACGUAAUUUAUUGUCCAGCACGCUCUUCGGACCAAUCUUGACAACGUGUUCUUAGCUCGAUGUCGGUUAAUUUAAAUUUGAUCGCUCGCAACCGUAGUGGCGUUAUCGAGUAUCGAUACAAUAAGUCAAAGUAAAAUGGUCUUAAUGUUAUUAGAUAUACAGUUGCAAAUUCUGUUUUUCUUUUUAUGUCAUAAACGUUUCAUGAAGAGAUCUGGCUGUCGAAGUGUGCACGAAUUUUAGCUUAAGAGCUAUGUGUGUGUGUGUGUAUAUAUGUACAAAAGAUAAUUUCUUUAUGGCCGAUUGGCGCAGUGGGCAACCCUGUGUCAUUUUAAAUCAAAGGCUAUGGGUUCGAUUCCCACAUCUGGAGGAUGUUUGUGUGAUGAAUAUCUAUAUAUAUCCAUGUAUCUGGAUGUUAAACUGCUUGGUGCAGCUUCACGCGGACAAGCGCAUGAGUGACAACCCCGAAUAGAUCCAGAACCAGACUUGGCUAAAACCAGCGAACGAUUUUAGCAGAACGUUGGUAACAUAAAAAUCAAACAUUUUACUUUGACGCUGUAGUAUUUCGAUAAUCUGAAACUACCACGAUUGCGUACGAGCAUAUCGUAUACAAGAAGAACUCCGCAAACAAAGCCGAGAACACAUGAAACACGACACCUACGUGACGCCACGCAUGUUAACACUAAAUCUUAGAAUUUCGUGACCCCUCUGUCAUCACUCGACAUCACAUUGUGGCUGAUUUUUGUAUUGUAUUUUCAUUAUGAUCGUAAAUAAUACUAUGCUUAGUUUUUACUUAACACGCGGGGCGCGGUGUGGUUUUAUAAUGACAGACACAUGUACAGCAUAAAAUCUUCCUUGAAUCAGACAGGUGGCGUGUUAUGAAUGUGUUCCCGGCCUUAUAAUACUACUUUGACCAAAACAUUAGCAACAUUUCGCUUUGAUAUAUAAAGUUACUAUAACCUUCAAUAUGUAUCAAAAUAAAGUAAAGCAAUAUUGUAAUAUAAUUAAUUGAUCUGUGUUAAUAAAGUAGUGAUGGGUACAUUAGCAAUCACAAGUUUGCGAACAAUUAUUUAGCAUCUAAGAAAAGAAUUGUGAAAUUUUAAAUAAAUAUUUCGGUAAUGCCGCGUGCACUAUCUCUAACAGCGGUGGCAAUACUAAAUUUAAUUUAUAUGUUUAAAUCGUAACUGUUUUAUUGUUUAGCAAAUAGCAUAGCGACAUGCUAAGAAUCGAGAAUUCGCAGGCUAAUGAAAUUAAGGAAAAAAUAUCAGUAAUAACUAGGACCAUUGUGGAGACGGUGUGGCUAAUAUAAUUUCCAUUUCAACUCUUGUAGCAUAUUUAUUGCCUAUUACAUUACAUUUGAUUGUAUAGGUUAGGCAGGCGGUUACACUACCGGCCAGAAAAAUUAACUGCUAUUCGCAAUGGCUGUUUGAUUAGACAAGUGAUAGAACAUGAUUUACAAGCGCUUAUUAAACUAAGCUUCUACUCUUAAUACGAUUAUUGUAGGAACUAUAUAAUACAACGAAACAGUUCACCUAGUCUGAGCGUAGCAUAAAUUAUUAAUUUUAAUGUAUCAGUUAGCUGGAAGAUCUAUUACAGAUCAAGAACAGGCUGAGAAUGUUUAUAAAGAAUUAAUCAGUGAACCGUUUUGCUGGCCGGUUGUGUAGCCCAAGGAUCUAGUAUUCGAGAAUUAGUUAUUACAAUGUAGUGGUUAAGUCGAGGGUUUUCUAAGGAUCAUGAUUAAUAAGCGAUGAUGCACUGCAAAAAAUAUUCCAUAAAUGUAUAAGUACACUAGAAUUAUAUAAUAACAAUCUUACAUUAUGGCAACACUAUAUGCAUUUUUUAGGCUUAAAGGACCUAAUUUCAAAGUCUUAAAAUAAACUUUAAGAUUAUAAUAAUUUUUUUCUCUCUUUUUUUAAUGUGAUUUUGUUCAUUAAUGUUCAAACUUGAAAUGCUACAAUCAACCCGGAUUAAAGGUUUUAUAAUAAUUGACUAAAGUUUAUUUUUCAUGUUAAGAAUUUAUUUCUCAAUCUCCAAAAAUUAUUUGUUACCAGAGAAUAAAUUUGACGUUUCGAUAUUCGUUGUCAAAAAAUGACAAAUUCAUUUCUCAGGCCUCUAUCUACUGAUUAAAAAUCAAACCUAUAUAAAGUUUUUUCCAAAUUGUAACUAAGCGUCUACCUAAAAGUUAGGUCGCGUUAACUGCUUUGACAAUUUAGCUUUUAAAAGAUCUUUUCAAUAAUUGAAUAGUCAAAAAUGUAUCUCAUUUGGUAACGAUCUAUCUUCUACUGAUAAAAUUUGUAUAAAAAAAACUAUUAUAUUGUUUUUGUCAUACAUGGGUAGUUUUUUUCAUUAUAGUAAAAUUGUUACCAAAAUAGUAGUUUUUAAUGACGUUGAUAAAUAAUCUUCAUAACCUCUUAGAUAUAAAGAUAUUUUAAUUAUGUUUAACUGUACAAAUCCUACUAAAGUAUUUAUGGAUUUUAUGUAUUUAAUUAAUUUGUAUUAACUUUCAAUAGUCCUACUUAAACCCGGAUGUGACUUUUAACUUAAAAUUUUUAAUUAAUUCUAUGUUUACAUAUUGUAUUAUGGUAGAAUUCUUUCUUUUCAAACGAAUUAAAUAUCAAAGCUGAGAUCUAGAUAUCCUACAUCUUCCUAGGAUUAAAGUUGUAAAAUUAUUAAUUCGUUGUUGUAAAUAUGUAUGUUAGUUUCUAUUAAUGAUUUAAUGAACGUGUUUCGUUAUGGAUUAAAUAUAUUUUUUGUUUAAAUUU